ACGACAUUCCCGAUUGUCGUCGUCCGUUGUUGUUGUCUCCUCUCAUUUUAUUUUAUUUGUUUUUGUUUUUGUUUUUCUUUUUGCUUUUUCAUUUUACUUCAACUUCCACCUUCUCUCAACCCACCUUCCAAGUUACAAGUCCAACAUUUAAUUAUUUUUAUUUUUAUUUCUCACAAAACAAACCAAAAACCAAAACCCCAAACACACCUUUGAUUUUUUGUAUCACUGCUUUCCCUCCUCGCCAAAAGUGCUUUUCUGACACCGCCAAAGAUGUUUCCUCGCAUUUUGGUUCCAUUUCUGUUGUCUGUGUUAGUCGGAGGGAGUAGCGUUUUUUUUUACGAGGGCCGUGUUUGCUAACGUGAGCCGGGAGCGUAGGAUUAGGAACUUGAAAAAGUUAGUCGCGUCUGUUUUAAUCGGGGGCGUACACGUGUACCGCGAUGGGAGUGAUAACGUGGAGCACCUGGGAGGAGCUUCUCCUUGGUGGAGCUGUUCUCAGGCACGGAAUCCAAGAUUGGACCGUCGUCGCGGCGGAACUCAAAACCCGAACCCUUUCGCCAUGCAAUUUCACACCCGAGGUCUGUAAAGCCAAAUAUGAAGAGUUGCGAGAGCAGUAUUCCGGGUGCACGGAUUUGUUUGAGGAGCUUAGGAAGAAAAGAAUGGCAGAGCUUAAGAAAGAUUUGGAGCAAUCUGAAGGUUUAAUUGGGUCCCUUGAAUCGAAGCUUGAAUCCCUUGAGGCUGAGGGGAAUGAGAAAACCGGUGAUUGCCGCGUCAACGAUGGUUCAGCUGAACAAGAAUUACAAGUUCCAUCUCAGAGAUUGGAUAGAGCCAAAUCUUCUGCAAAAGAGGUGUCAAAGGAUGCCGGGAGUUUCACACAUGAAACUGAGACAAACUGGUCUCAUGGCAACCUGGUUCCAACAAUGUCUUGUGAAGAAAUGGAGACCAAGCCUCAAGUUUCAGGGUCUACCGAGCAGGAGAAAGUUUUGAAUGUAGAUAAGCCUGCUCACACUGUAUAUGAAGGACAGGAAGAUGGUCUGAAAAAAUGGAGUGGGAAGAGAAAGAGGAAGGAUUAUGGAAGGAAUUUUAAUGAAGUGAGUGUAAAAGAAAGUGAUCUUUCAGCUGAUGUGUGUAAAGAAAGUUCUAUCAGCAAUUGUGGUGAGAUUGUCAAACCUUCUGGUAUGAAUAAGGAGAAUGAAAACUUGAAAAAGGAUGGAAUAAUGGAUUUGAUGGAGAUCUUAGAUUCUGUUAUGGUGGUUAGAGGUUCUUCUGCCUUCUGUCGUAGACUUGAUAGCCAGAAGCGAGGAAGAUACAAGAGAAUGAUCCGGCAGCACAUGGACUUUGACACUAUAAGGUCAAGAAUAAGCAACCAAACAAUCAAGUCAGUGAUGGAACUUUUCAGAGACUUACUACUACUGACCAACAAUGCCAUAUCAUUCUACUCCAAGAUCACUCGUGAGUACAAAACUGCUAUACAAAUUAGAGACCUUGUCAUCAAAGCAUCGAGGGAGAAACUCAAGUGUUUGGGCAGCAGUGUCACCCUUGCCAACACCUCUAGCAUCAGCAUCAGCAUCAGCUCCAGCACCAGCACCAGCACAUCACCUGUGCAUGAUCCUUCAGUGAAAGUCAGAAGCAUGCGCCCCGGUAACCGCAAGAUUGUUGCAAAGGUAGCUGAUGGCAAAAGCUCUUCUGAAAGGGUCUCGCUUAGAGCUAAGAAUGCUACCAAAGUGAAUUCUCCACAUUCAGUAGAAUCCUUACCUAUCAAGAAGGCUUUUGGUAGAACCAAAAAGGUUGGACGUGAAAGUGCAAAUCAGAGACGUGCAACACCAAGGAGGGAAAGGAAAAGAGGGAGAGCUAAGUGAGGGUUUGGUUUUCCCUCUUGAAGGUUAUCUUUUUACAAAGAGAAAUCCCUAUUUUUGUUUGCAUGCAGAAGGAUGAAAUUUCAUGCACCCUGAAGGUGCUUCAAAUAUAUGAUAUUAAAUAGUUCUAAAUUACAGUAACCAAUCUAGACAAAAUGCCCAACUAUAAUAGGCACUUCUAGUGAAUCUUUUUGUAAGUUGUAAAUGCGAAUUUUGUUUUUACCAAAAGAGAAGUAUACUAAUUUAAAUAGAUAGGAAGUCAUAAAUUAGCAUAUUAGCA